AUGUCUCGUUACGAUUCUCGUACAACUAUAUUUUCGAACGAAGGUCGCCUGUUUCAAGUGGAGUAUGCGUUAGAAUCCAUUAGCAAUGCGUCAACUACCAUUGGGAUUGUAACUACACAGGGAAUUGUAUUGGCAGCAAACAAAGUGAAAACUUCCAAAUAUGUUGAGCGUGAACGAGGAACUGAAAAACUUCACGCAAUAGAUAGAAACAUCAUCUGUGCAUCCGCUGGAUGGACAGCUGAUGCAAACGUACUGAUUAAUCUAGCUAGACGUAUUUCUCAAACUUAUUUGCAUACCUAUAACAAGCACAUAAACCCGACUAAGCUAAUCUCUAAUCUUUGCGAUAAAAUCCAAUCGUACACUCAAAAUGGAGGACUGCGUCCAUUUGGACUUGCGUUAAUGUUUGCAAUUGUAACUUCUAAAAACGAAUACAAAGUAGUAUUAACGGACCCAGCUGGAAAUUUUAACACGUGGAAAGCGAUUGCGAUAGGGCAAGAAAAUGUGUUUGCUCAAUCUUUGCUUAAACAAGAAUACACUGAAACUCUCACUCUUCAGCAAGGGCUUGAACUCGCCGCUAAAAUUUUAAAAACAGUUGGAAGCACAAUCGACAUAGAAGCUUCUGCAGAAUUUGCUGUUUUAUCUAAACAAGAUGAUAGUGUUAAUUAUAGAAUACUGCGUACUGAUGAAGCAAAAGAACUGAUGAUUAAUGCUAAUAGAGUCGAUUUAAUUGAACCUUAA